GGCCGUUUGCAGUGGAGACGACGCCGCCGCCUCGCGAUGCUGCGAUCAGCCUCGGGUCGCCCCUUCUUGCCUUCCCAUCACAUCCUUCGUCGCCUCCUCGCCGCCGCCCCCUCCCCGACCCCUCCGCCGGAGUGGAUCGAUCCCUUUCUCGACAUCUCUGGCGUCGCCUGCCACCCCGCCGACCCCAGCCACCCAUCCCCGUGGCUCUCCCGCAUCGCUCCCCUCGUGGUCGCCUCCUCCCCGGCCUACCUCUCCUCCGAUCUCAACGCCUUCUGCCGUAAGUACAUCAUCCGUCUCACUCCCGCGUUUGUAUCCCACGUCAUUCGCACCCCUGACCUCCGCCGCUGUCCCGACCUCGCCCUCGCCUUCUUCCGCUGGGCCGCCACCCAGAAGAAGUACCCCGGACACGACCUCGACUCCUAUGUCUCCUUGAUCGACAUAUUGGCAUCUUCCUCCGAUACCAAAGAAACCAGUCGAAUCAAGGAGCUCGUUGCCGAGAUCAGAGACCGCGGGCUUCCGGCGUCGACUUCUGCCACCACUUCGUUAGUGCGGAGACUCGGCUCCGUUGGAAUGGUAGAAGAGUUGCUGUGGGUCUGGAGGUGGAUGAAGGAGAGUUCGGUCGAGCCGUCGCUCAUGUGCUACAACUGUUUGUUGGAUGGCCUGGUGAAUUCGAUGUUUAUUGAUUCGGCUGAGAAAGUCUUUGCUGCGAUGCAAAAGAAUAGAAUUUUCCCUGAUGUUGUCUCCUACAACACACUGAUGAAAGGUUACUUCAAAGUAGGGAGGACACAAAGAGCAGUCGAGAUAUUUGUUGAAAUGCAAGAGAAGGAGAUUGAGCCUGAUAAAAUUACAUAUCUGAUAUUGAUGCAAUGCCAUUAUUCUAAUGAGGAUUUCCAUCAAUGCCUGGUGCUGUUCCAUGAGAUGGAAGAGAGGGGAGUGGAAAUUCCACCCCAUGCUUACAGUUUGGUUAUAAGUGGCUUGUCCAAGGAAGGAAAGCCAUUCGAAGGGAUGUCAGUAUUGGAGAACAUGGUUAGGAGGGGCUGCAAAGCCAACGUGGCUAUUUACACUGCAUUAAUUGAUUCUUUUGCGAAGAGUGGGAAUGAGGAUCAAGCUAUGAUUCUAUUCCAGAGAAUGAAAGAUGAUGGGUUUGAGCCAGAUGAAGUCACUUAUGGUGUGAUAAUUAAUUGCUUUUGCAAAGCUGGGAAGGUAGAAAAGGCAAUGGAAUGGUUUACGUUCUGCAAAGAGACUCAUGUCCCAGUGAAUGUCAUAUUCUAUUCUAGCCUUAUUGAUGGCUUUGGUAAAGCAGGGCUUGUUGAUGAGGCUUUACGGCUUUUCAACGAGAUGUUAGAGAAGGGCUUUGUGCCAGACUCUUACUGCUACAAUGUGCUAAUUGAUGCCUUCGUAAAAGCUGAAAGGAUCGAUGACGCUUGUGCACUAUUUAAGAGAAUGGAGAUAGAGGGUUGUGAUCAGACUAUUUAUACGUACACCAUACUUUUGGAUGGGUUGUUUAAGAAACACAAAAACGAAGAGGCAUUGAAACUCUGGAACAUGAUGAUUGAUAAGGGAAUAACUCCCACCCCUGCAGCUUUUCGAGUCCUUUCAACUGGCCUGUGCCUCUCAGGAAAGUUCAAUAGGGCCUGCACGAUAUUGGAUGAAAUGGCACCUAUGGGAGUAGUGCCUGAGACAGCCCAUGAAGAUAUGAUUAAUGUGCUGUGUAAAGCAGGUCGGCUUCAGCAUGCUUGCAAGCUUGCAGAUGGAAUUAUAGAUAAGGGUCGUGAGGUUCCUGGAAGAGUUCGAACAAUUAUGAUUAAUGCUCUGAGAAAGGCUGGAAAUGCUGACUUGUCAAUUAAAUUAAUGCAUAGUAAGAUUGGUAUUGGUUAUGACAGAUUUGGUAGCAUCAGAAGGAGAGUUAAAUUCCAAACACUGUUGAAUUCAUAGUAUCUGUUAUCACUUAGAUGGUCACAGGUAUUCAACUGCUGGUCCAAUUUAUUUCUUGGAUUAUUGUUUGAAGCUAACCAAACACUCCAUUCAGAAAAAUGAAGUGGCAAUACCCAAAUUCACCCCUUUGGUUUGUUCAAAUAAUGAACAAGAUGCCUAUAUGACAUAAAAACAGUGGCUAAUACAGAUUUGCUUCUAGAUUUUUUGUUUGUGCUACUCAAAAAAUAGAAGGUGAACUGCAAAAUUCUUAACUAGUGCAUAGGAAAUUAGUAUAUUUGAAGAUUGCAAUUGGUCCUUUGUUAAAGGUGAGUCUUUGCAUCCAGUAAGGCGGCACAUACAAUUUGGGUCAAGGUUCAAUUCACAGAAGCUACCUCUUUGAACGCAGCAACAAGGCCAUGUGGGUAUCUUUCCCAUCAGAUUUUUCAAAGCCUUAUGUACAAGGCUGCUCUUUUUCGUUCGAUUGGAUUAUGUUGCUGGGUUUGAGUAAUUGAUACUUUCCACGGAGAGGGGAGAGUAAUUAAAUGACCAUUUUCUGUUUGCCAAAAGUAGGUAUGCGUUAGGCAAAUGAAGAAUCACGAAUCAUAAUCUUUCAAGUCUGCCUUAAGGACAUUGAACAAUUCUUAUUUGCAAUCUGUAGUGGAAAGCAAUUAAAUGGCCACUUUACAUUUGCCAAAUGAAGAAUUAUGACUCAUUGUCUUGUCCUGUGCUGCUGCUGAUUCAUACACUUUGCAUGAAAUUGGAAACUUGAUCUGAUUAAGUAUAGUGCAGAUCUUCACAGAAUAGGAUGUGCAAGAACCUCAAGUCGAAGUUCAAAACUGAUGGCACUGAAUUCUAAGUUUAUCGUAUUGAUUUCUUCUCAUCUUUCAUUCUGCUAAAAGAACACAACCAUUAAUGUUGAGUUAUAAUUUUAGGCUCAUGCCCUCAUGUUGCUCUUUUGUUUUUCUCCCGUAUGCUGAAAAUCAUUAGUCUAUACUGGUACUUAACAAUGCUACUUCAAAUGUGAUUGUUGUGGUA